AAAAAAGGCCGGGCCGGGCUUACUGGCUUAGCAGUUAGCACCUAUGAUAAGGGCUACAGCCCGGAACGCGACCCUUUAUCCUACGAUUCACUUUCGACAGCCUAGUGAGUAGUGAUUCACUCCAACUCUCCAAACAAUGUACCUCAUUGACAUUGAGCUCUCACAGAGGUCCUUUGCCAUUCGGCCCAUUCCCACAGAGCGAAACAUCGGACAUCCCUUCUGGAACUAGAACAAGUGCAAAAUAAUGGAUCUCCUAGUCUCCCUCCUUCAGCAGCUCACCAGUGGACCACUUUCGAGUUUUGACGUAGACAAACGGACUGGUAUGGGCCCCGUUCACAGUCCUAUCUACCGUGUCAAUCAAUUGUUGGAUAUUAGCGGUAGAUGGAAUCCAGACAGGAUAGCGUUCUGCUAUAUCACCGCGAUAAUACUGGUUCUUCAAUUCUACGAAUACAGGAGGGGAGAGAGAGAGAGAAGAUUCUAGUCUAGAAUGUAAAUAACAUGGCCUCUGUUUCUGCUCUCAGCCUUCCUUCCGUAUCCUCUUUCGCCGUAAAUCUGAAAUUUCUCAUGCUUCGUGCAGAAGCAUUGUUUAUUCCCAACGCCGUGAAAACGUCAUCACAAUUUUGUUACUGCACUCAGCCGCCUUUUAAGAGAAAAAGUGGAAUAUGGUCGAAGGACAAAUUUUGUCACUGGCGCCGGGAAGCUUAUGAGAGCGAAGAAGGGCGUUCCUUCACUACCCAGAAUGAAGAAGCAGUACCGAAGGAGGACGAGAUUUCUCGGGCCACAUUGAUAUGGAGAGCAAUCAAGUUGCCUAUCUACUCUGUGGCUAUUGUUCCUCUCACUGUGGGUAGUGCAGUUGCUUAUUUGCAGACGGGUCUUUUCUUUGCCAGGCGUUAUCUUAUGCUCUUGUUUUCUUCUGUUUUUAUCAUCACUUGGCUCAAUUUGAGCAACGACGUUUAUGAUUUUGAUACAGGGGCAGAUAAGAACAAGAAAGAAUCUGUAGUGAAUAUGGUUGACAGUCGUACAGGGACCCUUGUUUCUGCCUAUAUGUUACUUGUUAUUGGCUUUAUGGGGCUUACCUGGGCAUCUGUUGAAGCAGGAAAUAUACGCUCCAUACUAUUGUUGAUUUGUGCCAUUACUUGUGGUUAUAUUUAUCAGUGCCCACCCUUUCGCUUGAGUUAUCAAGGAUUAGGAGAGCCCUUGUGCUUUGCAGCAUUUGGUCCAUUUGCUACCACUGCUUUCUACUUAUUGCAGAGCAGCAGAAGUAAUUUGUAUCAUCUUCCCCUAACUGGCACAAUUUUAUCCGCAUCACUUCUUGUUGGCUUCACAACAUCCUUAAUUCUUUUCUGUAGUCAUUUUCACCAGGUGGAUGGUGAUCGAUCUGUUGGAAAGAUAUCUCCUCUGGUCAGGAUUGGCACAAAAAAAGGCUCACUCGUGGUGAAAGUUGCAAUUGUGACAUUGUACCUCCUUUUGUUUACUCUUGGUCUAAGCAAAGCUCUUCCUCUAACAUGCAUUCUUCUUUGUGCACUGACUUUGCCAAUUGGAAAGCUGGUAGUCAGCUAUGUUGAAGAGAAUCACACUGACAGUAACAAGAUCUUCAUGGCUAAAUAUUAUUGUGUGCGUUUACAUGCCUUAUUUGGAGCUGCAUUGGCAGCUGGGCUUGUGGCCACUAGAACUGUGGCAAAAGCAUAUGUUCCAAAGCCAUUUUUCUCUUGAUAUGUUCCUGCAUCCAAGAGCUAGGAGUAGAUCUAGACCUGAGAUAUGCAAGUCAUUGUUGUGAAGUAUUUCAGUUUAACAACCAAAAGGGAAGUAGAAAAGAGACACCGUGGCUGCCCCUGUUUAUGAUAAAGGAAUUGCUUUUUGAUAGAAAAACAAUGAGUGAGCACCUGCAUUAAAUGUAAUUUUUCUUGUUGUUCAAUUGUAUUUGUAUAUUAUAACAGUUCUACCACAUGCAAACCAUUAGAAUAUGUUGGAGGGAGAUUGAAAUUUUCAAGAAUCUCUCCUCCCUCCCUUGUGUUCUUUGGGUUUUGUCUUUUCCUCUUACCUCCUUUGAAUGCUUGAGAAGACUCCUUGCCCCACAUUGUUUG